AUGGUGGUGCCCAACGAUAUCGAUAUUAGAAAAGGGGCAAUGUUGAAAAUAACGGAAACUAAAAUUAUCAAUUCAACGACAGUUAUCUUAGAAUGGCGGUUAAAUAUAACUAAAGAAGCAAAGUACAAAAUUGCAAAAUUUAUAAUUAUGAUUCGCCAAUCACAUUCGUCGUCUGCUAGAAAUACAGUGUUGCCGGGAUCCAAGAGAAGCUAUGUUGUCACUAGUCUCAAGCCCCGCACCAAAUAUACUAUUUCGGUAAUAGCCUACGAUUUUGCACUUCGUCGUAAACUAACGGUUAAGGUGACUACUAAAAUGCCAUCUCAAGAACGAACCCAAAACAUGAAAAAUAUUAGGAUAUCAUUCAAAAAUAGAACAUCUAUGGAAAUUAGAUGGAAGUUUUUUAAUAAUCCAUCAACAAGCAAGCAAUCUAUUUACAGAAUUGAAUGGUAUUUAGUCUCAAAUUUAAUGAAAAUAGGAGAAGUUAAAGUAAAGAAAAUCCAGAAAUACCUUAUUUCCAAUUUAAAAGCAAGUUCCAGCUAUCUGAUUCACGUAACAUCAUUAAAUGCAACUGCUGAUAAUCCACGCUUAACAAUUGUGGGUACCACAGCAAGUUUGAGAAAUGUUUACCACUUGCCGCCAGAUUUUAAGUUCCAUUACUUUUCAAGUCUAGGUAAAAGUGGCAAGUAUACGAUAAAACUAGCUGCUAAAACAAGUGCGGGAUGGGGAAAGUCAGCAAGUCAAGAAGUUUUUAUCAAUGUAUCAACUUCUAACAAGGAAACUACUCCAAUUAAUCCGAUAGAAAAACAAAACAUUAAAGCAACAAGCAUUAAAACCGCUACUACUACAACUACUGCAUUACUGCCAACGAAACAGUCUCAACGUUCGACAACCAUAGCUAAAAACAGCGAUGAUCAAGCGACAUAUAACCAAUUUAACCUUAGCAUCGAUAACAUUAUGCCAAAUUCUAUAAUCUUGAAUUGGAGAUAUCCAAAUCUAUCUUCAGGAAGCAAAUUUGAUCAUUAUGAGAUUUCGUUGGCAGCAUCUAGUAAAGAUGCAAACAGUAAUUUACGCAAGCAAUCAAUUCGCAAACUUCUCAUGGUUAACAUAACCUCCUGCAGAAUUACCAAAUUGCUGCCUUUUACUACUUAUCACGGUCACAUUGCUGUAAUCAUGAAUGACAGUAGGAUACUACAAAGCGAUAUCCAGUUUACUACCGAAAAAUUGGCGCCGGUUGCUGUAGAAAAAAUUCAUGUUUUGAAAUUAAAGUUCUUACCGAAUCAGAAUCAAUCGUAUCAGGUACUAGUGCAAAUACCUAAAGUUUCGGAAGCUUAUGGUCCAAUUAGCUACUAUGAUUUAAUUAUCAUAAAAUUGAUUGUAGUUGGCCGUGAUAAAAAAUUAUUGCCAGUCUAUAAUCUCGAGGAUUUAAAUCCUCAGUUUUUAAAUCGACUCCUGGGCAUUCAGUUUCGCCACAUCGACCUGCCAGCAUAUGUAACAGCAAGAUUUUCGCCUCAAGAACUACCAAUAAAUUUUACUAUUGGCGAUAAUACGACGUCAAAUAGUAUCUACAAUCGUCCUUUGUUAUCUAAUAUAAAAUAUGCAGCAAUACUAAGAGCUUAUGUAAAAACAAAUCAAGUCAAAGAUUCGUUACUUUAUACGUCCAGUCAUAUGGUACAGUUGCCAGGUAUCGAGGAUAGUCUGGAACUUGAACUUCAGGUCAUAAUUUCACUUCCAAUAAUCAUUAUAGCUGGAAGUGCCCUUCUAACAGUUGUAUUGAUAGUUCUCGUCGCGGUUAUAGUCAGAAAAUUCUACAAGAAUAAGCAUCCUGUCGCUGUUCGGCGCAUUCAUAACAAAACAUCUUCGCAGAGAAAUUUGAAAACCAUAGUUAAAUAUCCAGUUAAAGCUAAUAUCCAAUCAGACUAUACUAAAACGGAGGACAAGAACGACAAAACUAAUAAGACAUUGUUCGAGAAUACGAUCAGAAACCCUAAAACUGAAAAUAAGCCAGCCAAUAGCUGCAAUAUCGAAUCUGAUAUGGGCAAUAAUGAAGCACAAUUGCGUCCUCAUAAUUGUUCGGUUCAUUAUCCUAACUCAAUAUCGAUUGAUCAAACUCGAGAAUCGUCCCAAGAAAAGCCUUCACAAGAUUCCGAACCUCAAUUGCGCAUCAUAACUUGUAAAUAUCCAACUGACGAAAAGAUUCCCAGUAACACUUUCGAUCAAGAUCAUGAAUCAGGUUAUGUUGGACUAGAUUAUGACGACAGUAUGUGUCAUAGCUGUUCACACAUCGAUAUUGGCAACGACGAACAAGAAGAAACCGAUAGCUUAAAAUAUCAAUACCAAGUUAAAGAUGAUGUUCGUGAUUCUAUUUCAUUAUAUCAAAUGAGACGCCAACUAUCACAACACGACCGAAGCAGCUUUUGGAUUUAA